GCGCUAGUUACUAUAGAUCUUCUCACGAUGUUAAAUGUUACAUCUUUUGUUACAAAUGUCCCUAAUAUUUGUAACUAGUGUUUUGUACGUGGGCGUUAUAUUUACUUGUAGUUUUGUUAGAUUAUUUUCUUUGUAUGUAUUAAAAACACAGUGAACAUCUAUGGACUUUUCCUAAUUUAUAUCACAAAGUAACUUCCUUCCUUUACCACUCUACCUACUUUCGUCGAUGUUGCUACGUCGACAGAAACAGAUUAAAAGAAGCGAUGAGAACUGUCAUUAUCAGCAUGUGGUAGCUAAAGCAAUUAAUAUUUUAAAAACAAUUAUUACAAACGUUUACACUGUUUGUAAUGUGUAAAUCUUAAUUAAAUAAAUAAAUUUUGACAUAAAUCAUUUUUAAAAUGUCAGAGAGCUCGAUAAUAUGGCUCUCUUUAGUUAUGUUAGGUGGCUCGUAUUUGGCCGGUUUUUUGCCGUUAAUUAUGAAUUUAUCGGAGGACAAAUUGCAAUUAGUAUCUGUACUUGGAGCUGGGCUCCUUGUUGGAACUGCAUUGGCUGUAAUAAUACCUGAAGGUAUAAGAGCAUUAUUUACAGCCCCUCCUGGUAGUGAUCAUCAACAGAGCGAUAGUGAUCUACAUUCUUUGAUAGGGAUUAGCUUAGUACUCGGUUUUAUAUUUAUGCUCUUGGUCGAUCAAUGUACAAGAAGAGGCGGAGGUAAGGAGAAAAGUUUUACUGCUACAUUAGGCCUUGUCGUUCAUGCAGCUGCAGAUGGAGUAGCAUUAGGUGCUGCAGCAACAACCUCGCAAGCUGAUGUUGAAGUCAUAGUAUUUCUAGCAAUCAUGCUACAUAAAGCCCCUGCUGCAUUUGGCCUAGUAUCUUUUCUACUUCAUGAAGGAGUGGAAAAAAAGAAAAUAGGGAAACAUUUAUUAGUAUUUUCUCUUUCUGCACCCUGCCUUGCACUUCUAACAUAUUUUGGUAUUGGAAAAGAAGGUAAGGAAACCCUCAGUAAUGUCAAUGCGACAGGACUAGCAAUGUUGUUCAGUGCAGGAACUUUUCUAUAUGUAGCUACUGUACAUGUUUUACCAGAAUUAAUGACCAGAGAAGUUAAUUAUUCACGUUUACCAACAACUGAAGCAACAACAACAAGUGUCUCUGGUCUUAGAUUUAAAGAAAUAUUAGUAUUAGUAAUUGGUUCAUUUUUACCAUCACUACUUACAACUGGACAUCAACAUUGAUACAGAGCUCAUAUUUUAUACUACACCAGUUUCACUCAUUGCCCUCAUAAAUUUUUAUAAUUUAAUUUUUUAUACACGUAAAAACGAAAAUUUUUUGAGACGUGUAUGAAUACAGCAAUCUCUGUUGUUAAACGAUAUGUAUAUAAUAUUAUUUGAAGUCGAAUUGAAAAAAUUCUUUAGAUACUAUUAUGAAAAGAUAUUAUUUAAAGGUAAACAAACAGAUCUUAUAAAUUUUUUGUUAUUCUAGUAUUUCUGUACAUCAUAAUGAUAAACUAUUUCUUAUUCAAAGUUUAAUGAAUACAGGGAUAUUAAAUAUGGUUUUAGGGGACAGUAAUGAAUUCUUAAUUUAAAAUAUAUUAUUAUUGCAUUAUAAAUAAUGCAUAAAACGAUAAAAUUUUGUGCGAUAAACUAUCUGAAAAAGGACGAUUAUAAAUAUGAAAAUAUUUUUCUGUUGAUAAUACUGAUAAAAUAAUCAUAUAUUAAAAUUUCUAUGUGAUAAAUAUAUUUGAUUAGAAAGAUGCAUUUAUUUUAUAAUUAAAUUAUGUUUUAGAUAAUUUUUAUUAUGUUUGACGCAUACAAUGCAAUUAUUGUAUUUUUCGCAAUUAAAAAUAAUACAUUAAAUCUUGAAAACCAUAUGCAUACGAAAACAAACAUAUAUUUUAAUGUAUUUUAAAGAUAUGUGUAUCUUGACAUAUAAAGAAUUUUUUUAUUCACAGAUGCAAUUGUCAUCCCAUACGAUCUAUAGUAAAUUAAAUAAUGAACAAAUAAUUGUAAACACCUUAUUUACUCAGAUUAUAUUUUUUAAAAUAAUAAAUUAUUACAAUCAUUUUUCUACA